ACUUCCUCGAGGCCGCGCAACCAAGCGGGAACAGCGCGCGCGGGUCGGAAGUCUCAUUCCGAGAGGCAAAAAAACUAAUAAAACAAUAAACCAACAACAAAUAAACACUGUCAAAACUUUGAGAAUAUGGACCACUACACAAAAUACCGAACUGCGGUUUGAUAAAGCAGCGCGAGGACUGAUAAAUAAGCGCACUUAUGGCGGAUUGAGGAAGAGUUAGCCGCUGCUGCUAACACACGACACUAGCUCCCUGAUUCACGACUAACUGAUUUCAGCGGCACUUCAGCCAUAAGCUGCGCUUUCUGGAGCCUCUCAGACUCAGAAAAGUGUGUGGCGUUAGUGGAGAGUGUGUGAGAGAGUCUCAGGAGGAGGUUUAUGUUGUGUUCGGCGCCCGCUGGGCUCGAGGCCUGCUCUGCUUGAUGAGGAGUCAGUUGUAAACAGCUCAGAUCAGAUCGGUGUGUUUAACGCGUCUAACAGGUGUAUCGAGCUGAACAGGUGAAAAUGUCGGCCCAGGCGCAGAUGAGAGCCAUGCUGGACCAGCUCAUGGGCACUGGCAGAGAUGGCGACACGAUGAGACAGCGGAUCAAGUUCACGGACGAGCGAGUGUGUAAGAGUCAUCUGCUGGAGUCGUGUCCACAUGACAUACUGUCUGGAACCCGCAUGGAUCUGGGGGAGUGUGUGAAGAUUCACGAUCUCGCUUUGAGAGCAGAUUAUGAGAUCGCGUCUAAACAGCAGGAGUAUUUCUUUGAGCUGGAUGCCACAGAGCACCUGCAGUCCUUCAUCGCAGACUGUGACCGAAGAACUGAACUGGCCAAGAAACGGUUGGUCGAAACGCAGGAGGAGAUCAGCGCUGAAGUGGCUGCCAAGGCGGAGCGAGUGCACGAGCUGAACGAGGAGAUCGGGAAGCUGCUGGCGCGAGCGGAGCAGCUGGGCGGCGAGGGGAACGUGGAGGAGGCGCAGCAGGUGCUGGAGAAGGUGGAGAAAACACGCACCCUGAAGAAAGAGGCAGAGGACGUCUAUCGUAACUCCAUGCCGGCCUCCAGCUUCCAGCAGCAGAAGCUGCGCGUGUGUGAGGUUUGCUCCGCCUACCUCGGCCUCCACGACAACGACCGCCGCCUCGCCGACCACUUCGGAGGGAAACUUCAUCUGGGUUUCAUCGAAAUCCGGGAAAAACUAGAAAAACUGCGGACGGCUGUGACGGAGAAACAGGAGCGCAUGCGCACCAGGAGAAGAGAGGAGCGUGACCGAGAGGAGGAGCGAGCCAGAGAGUGGGAGCUGGAGAGAGAGAGGGAGCGCGAGCGGGAACGCGAGAGAGAGAGAGAACGAGAGAGAGAACGGGAGCGAGAGAGAGAGCGUGAGAGAGAACGAGAGAGAGAACGCAGGAGGUCCAGAUCCAGAAGUGCUGAGCGAUAUCGGGAAGGAGGAAGCUCGUCCUCCCAUCGCUCUCGUCGACACCGUGAGGAGGGAGAGAGGGAACGAGACCGGGAGAGGAAGCACAGACACAAAGAUCGCCAUCGCUCUCGCUCCCACUCACACAGGAGCAAAAGAAAGAGGUCUUCACACACCAGAGAUCCAGAGCCGAAUCUGUCUCAGGAGAGAUGGCGGGAGAAUGCUGCGGAUGAGAGAUGGUGGGACAACGGAGGCAGAGACAUGGAGAGAGAGAGAUCCCCCGUCUCCCCAGACAUGAGCCGAAUGAAAGAGCGGGAGAGAUCCGUGUCGCUGGAGAGAGAUCAGCGCUCCAGCUCCGAGGAGAGAGAGUCCGGAGAGAUCUAGAG